AUGUUACCAGGUCCAUGCUCGUCGUGUUCAAUUAGCGAACGUUUCGAGAUCAAGAAACGAGUUAGGAAAGCGCAAAGAGAUGCGAUGGUGGACCUCGUCAAUUCCACCAUCGAUACGUUCCUGUCAAAACCAUGCGAUGAACCGCAAGUGCUUACUAUCCGUGUACCGGAUAUCAAUGUUACCGUAGCUGAGCUCACGGUUAAUGAAGCGUCAUUCAUUGUUAAUAAUCCUCAUUAUGACAAAAUGUUGGAACAAGCCGAAAACAAGAAGAGAGUACACGCAGCAUGUGCCGCUGCAAGGCAAUUUCUCGUUGAGCACUCUAUCACAAAGAACCCGUUCCCUCCUGACUUACAAAAAACUCGGAAGAUUCCGGGACCGUUACCGGGACCAGAUCGUGUGGACAUUCCUAUCCUUGGUGGAAAUGGGCCGACCCACCGGGAACGAGCCGGAUUCGUUCUUCAUCCGAGCGGUAUCGGUUCAUCUUACACAACAGACGGAACUACCGUAGCAUCCUCAGCUGUUAGUGUAUUGGUACUGGUACUCCUUGAUUAUCAACGUACACAUUUUGUUGACGUGUUCGAAUGGGACGACCAGCAAAUGUUCCAACUUCAUGCAACUGUAAAAGCGGACGCAUCAGAAAUCCAGAAACAUCAUUUUCAACGACUUUUUCUGGUUGUAUGCUAA